AUGAGAACAUUAUUUGUCUCCAUAGAUUUGUGGGAGAUAGUAGAAUCUGGUUAUGAAAUCUCAGAAUCUUCCUCAACUUUAACCGAAGCCCAGAAAAAGGAGUUGAAGGAAAACAAAGCUCUUGGAAUGGUACAAAGGAGACUUUCAAAAGCUAUUUUCCCAAGAAUCAUGGGAGCAAAGGCAACAAAAGAAGCAUCAAAGACACUGCAAAAAGAGUUCCAAGGAGAUAAAAAGGUGAGAGCCAUCAAACUCCAAUCUCUUAGAAGACAUUUUGAAAAUAUGAGAAUGAAAGAAAAUGAAAGUGUGAAAGAUUACUCAACUAGAUUUCUGGAGUUAGUAAACCAAAUGAAAGUUUAUGGUGAAGAAAUGUCAGAUCGUAAACUUGUGGAGAAGAUACUAAUUAGUCUACUAGAAAAAUUUGACUCUAUGGUUGCUGUUAUUGAAGAAACUAAAGAUCUUUUUAAAUUGAGUGUUCAAAAGAUGUUAGGUUCUUUAAAAUCCUAUAAGCAAAGGUUGGAACGACACUCUGAGAAGUCAAUAGAGAGUGCAUUCCAAUCUAAGCUGAAUAAGCAACAAUCAGUUGCUCAAUUAUCAGCAGAAGCUGAAUAUGUUUUAGCUACACUCGCCAUAUCUCAAGCAAUUUGGUUGAGAAGAAUUUUAGAAUACAUUGGCGAGAAGCAAGAGGAAGCUAUUGAAAUAUUCUGCGACAACAAAACAGCCAUAGCAAUGGCAAAGAAUCAUGUCUUUCACAGUAGAACCAAGCAUAUUGCAAUUAAGCAUCAUUUCAUCAGAGAUGCCAUUGAAGAAGAAGUGAAGCUGGAGUUCUGCAGGUCAGGGGAACAAUUGGCAGAUAUUUUCACCAAAGCAUUGCCAAAGGAGAAGUUCCAGUAG